CCUGUGAGGAAAAUAAGGAAGUGCUUUUGCUUUGAUGAAGAAGAGAAUCUGUCGUCCUUUUCCCGUGUUCAGUCAUGACUUUUAACCGGCAUAUUUUGUGCAUUGUUUUAUUUUGCAUAUGCAGCAGUGUUUGUGUAGAUGUUGUUUCGGAGCUGCGUAGUGCAGAUUCGCCAUUCUUCAAACCCCAUGUGGACUCGGUGUUUUCUGUGAACCUGCUCACGGCGUUCAGUGGCUUCUCGGACAUCAGCCAGUACUGCAAAGAACUGCUGGACUUAUUUGGGAAUCAAUAUGUCGCUUAUGUGAACUGUUUAGUGCCAGCAGCUCGGCCUGUCAAAGUGUGCCAAAACUGUUUCGUUAGCUUCGAAAACCUCAAUAAAACAUACCAAAACAUUUCAUCAGACGAAGCAGGUCCAGGGGGUGAGGUCUGCCGUGACAGCCUACUGCGAAGUGAUAGGCUAAUGUUAGUUUUUCUGCUGUUUAGUAACCUCGAAGGAAUAUGGGAAAAAUCCAACUGCAAAAAUUGCAUAUCAAGUGAAGCUCCAAGUCUAACCAAUGACACGCUAUAUUUUCUGGAAAAGAUCAACCAAACUUACAGCUGCUUUGAUCAAUACCAGCAGGGUAACCACACAGAACUGUGUAAAAACUGCAAGGACACAUAUCGAGAUUUAAACACCCUGUACAGUGAGAUGGAGGACAAUAAUACAAUGUGUAUAGACAUUGAAGAUGCGAUGAAUGCAACCCGCAGACGCUGGAGUAAAACCUUUAACUGCUCAUUCCCUCGUGAGGAGAACGUGCCGAUCAUCGCUGUGUCCAGCUUCAUGCUUUUUCUGCCCAUCAUCUUCUACUUGAGCAGCUUCCUUCACUCCGAACAAAAGAAACGCAAGCUCAUACAGCCUAAAAGGAUACCCACAUACUCCAGUUUGAUGAACAUUCAGGACAAACAGAGCUAAGAAGUCCACAUUUUACCAGAAAAGGACAACCACACUUAAGAGAAAGAUCCGAAUCUUUGUCUCUGCCUGGUUUCAAGACAACAUUUUUAUAUUCCAAGCACACUUUGUGACAUCUGCUAUUUGAAACACACUGAGGAUGUACAACAAUCACCAGUUUUGUCUCUGAUCAAUAUUUGGACUUUUUUUUAGACACAUUGGCCCAUGUUCCAAACCAUAAUCUCAACUCCUGAUAACAAUUUUCUGUUUCUAACAUGCUGGUUUUAUAGACGAAUUGCUCACUUUGAACUGGUUUCAUAAUAGAUUUUUUAGAAUUCAUCUCUGCAGUCGCAAUGUUUUUACUGGCUGGACUUUUCACACUGUAAUACCAAGACUUACUAAUCAAAGUUCUGCUCAUCACCACUGACCAAUUCCAAUGCGUUAACCAUGUCUGGAUUUUCAGCAUCUGUCGUAUAUAGCUGUCAGAGCAGUGACUUGAGUAUUGGUUGGAUGCAAUGGUGUCUAUGUGCACUAUUUAUGGGGUUCUCAAAUGGGCUUUCUGUUGCUAAUGUAUGUCCAGAAAGGAGCACAGAAAAGGACCACUUGAUGUCCAUUAGUUGUAACGUGUAUGUGCUGUGAGGAGAGGCAGGGCACACAUCAGGAAGGGGGUGAAUAAAGACGCACUGGAAAAAGCACUCCAAAGUACCUCACUGUGAUGUUACCUGUUUUCCAGUAGUCAGUGUUUUUGUGGUUUCAUAAAGCUUUUAAUGUGCUUUGCUUUGUGAUAGUUUUCCACUGAUGUUUAACUUAAUUUGUUAAGGCUUUCUGUAAGAGAGGGCUCCUUUAUGAGCUAUGAUCAUUAAAUUGGCACAUUUAGCUGCUAGCGGUGCAGUGAAUAAAUGCAAAUAUUACUGUAAAUGAAGUCUUUUGUCAUCUGUAAAUGGAUUUUUAGUUGUGUCAUUAAUAGAAAUUCAUUUCUUUUGGAUUCAUGCAUUAGUUGUCUUCAUGCUUCAGGACUAUGUUCCAUUAAUGUAUUUUGUUUACAUAAAGCCUGUAAAAGCUGAUUGUUAGUAAAGAUGUGACCCCUCCUCGCGUUA